AUGAUUUCUCGCAGAACUCUGUUAGUUUCGGAAACUGGAGAAGUUAAAAAUCAUGAGCAUAAAUAUCCGUAUCGACUCAAUUUUUAUAACACUCCACCUAUAGAAGAAAUUACUACCGAAGAAUUUGAAACAUUCGCUUUAGAUAGAUUACAAGCCAUUGAAGGUGCCGUUUUACGGAGUAAAACUGAAAGACAGAUCGCGGAACAUAUAAGCGACGUGUCAAAUCAAUAUCUUCCAUUGCAUUCAACCGAUGGAAGCAAGCUCUACCCAUUAGACCAAGAACGACGCAAAGACCAUAUAUCCCAUUUUAUUUUGAGACUGGCUUACUGCAGAACAAUUCGGUUUAUUGAAGAAUACAAAGAGGAGAGACAAGCCUUUUUGAACAAUGAGAAACUAAAUUGGAAAGAUAUAACUCAAGAUGAAAAAGAAUCAAUGAAAAAUGAAUUAUCACACGCAAGUCCUCACAUCAGGCUCGACCAAGAAACAUUUUUUAUUGUGGACUUCGAACAAGUUCCAGAUCUUGUCUCACGGCGUGCCGUAUACAUAAGAGCUGGGAAGGCUUACGUUCCGUUAUCUGAACAAGUUACCCUUGUUGUAGGAGAGUAUCGUAAAAAGCUUUCUGCCGCUCUGGACCAAUAUUUUGGUAAAACUUAUUUAAAUAAUAAUAAUAACCUUACUGAUAAGGCAACAGCUGAUAAUGUUGACCAGGGAAUUGGCCUUACUGUUGAAGAGGCACUUAUUUUUUGGAGAAAAUCAUUCUCAACCAUUACUGAUGAUAAAUUUCAGAAAGAAUAUGCGUACAAUAUAAGGCACAAUUUCGGAAUGGAGGGGAAACAUCAACAUGGAUGUCCAUUUAAACAUUUUUCUGAAGACAACUUGAAAGUUCUUUUGGCUCAAACUGGUGUAAGAAAGGACGAAUAUUUGAGAGAAAUUCUUGAACUUGUCAGAGGCAAACAUUAUCAAAUCGCUUGUACUAAAUAUUUUGAAAUUACAAAAUAUUUGGAUGAAUCGAGUAGUAGAGAUAAUGGUGAUAGGCAUUUAAUUGAAACAAUCGCACAUCCAAAUAAUUACUUUGAACAGAGUAUUAAACUUUCCAAGGCUAAACAGCAAUAA